GGCUUUUCUCCUUGAACCCGGACUAUUAUGGGUCAGGAGCUGUGUGCCAAGAGGCUACAGCCAGGAUGCAGUUGCUACCGCCGCUCGGAGGGAGGGGAGGCGCACAGCUGUCAGAGGAGCCAGCCUGGGAGCGCCCAGGCUGCUGCGUUCGAGCUAACAGACCUAAAAGAAGCAUCACGUUCCACGUCUUCGCUUCACCCCAGGGGACUCCAAGUUAUCGGUGCCCAGAAGCGGCCACGGAGUAACAGUGACUCUUUUCAGGAAGAGAAUCUGAGGCAGGGGUUGCCAUGGCAGAAGAAGAGCCUUCCUUUUGGGGCGGCCUCUUCUUACUUGAACUUGGAGAAGCUGGGUGAAGGUUCUUACGCCACCGUUUACAAGGGCAUUAGCAGGAUAACUGGACAACUAGUAGCUCUGAAAGUCAUCAGCAUGAACGCAGAGGAGGGGGUCCCCUUCACAGCCAUCCGGGAAGCAUCUCUCCUGAAGGCUUUGAAGCAUGCCAAUAUCGUCCUCUUGCAUGACAUUGUUCACACCAAAGAGACUCUGACCUUCGUGUUUGAAUACAUGCACACCGACCUGGCUCAGUACAUGUCCCAGCAUCCUGGAGGACUUCAUCCUCACAACGUCAGGCUGUUCAUGUUUCAGCUUCUGCGGGGCCUGGUAUACAUCCACCACCAGCGUGUUCUUCACAGGGACCUGAAACCUCAGAACUUGCUCAUCAGUCACCUGGGAGAGCUCAAACUGGCUGACUUUGGUCUUGCUCGAGCCAAGUCCAUCCCCAGCCAGACAUACUCUUCAGAAGUGGUGACGCUCUGGUACCGGCCACCUGACGCACUGCUGGGAGCCACGGAGUACUCCUCAGAGCUAGACAUAUGGGGCGCAGGCUGCAUCUUUAUUGAAAUGUUCCAGGGUCAACCUUUGUUUCCUGGGGUUUCCAACAUCCUUGAACAGCUGGAGAAGAUCUGGGAGGUACUGGGGGUCCCUACAGAGGACACCUGGCCGGGAGUCUCCAAGCUGCCUAACUACAACCCAGAAUGGUUCCCGCUGCCUAAACCUCAAAGCCUGCAGAGUGUCUGGAGUAGGCUGGGUGGAGUUCCCGAAGCUGAAGACCUGGCCUCGCAGAUGCUGAAAGGCUUCCCCAGGGACCGAGUCUCAGCCCAAGAAGCCCUUGCUCAUGAUUAUUUCAGUGUCCUGCCGUCCCAGUUGUACCAGCUUCCAGAUGAGGAGUCUUUGUUCGCAGUUUCGGGAGUGAAGCUAAAGCCAGAAAUGUGUGACCUUUCGGCCUCCUACCGGAAGGGUCACCGCCUAGCCGGGGUUAACAAAUGUUGGUGAGGUCAUCCAGAUCAUUUCAGGCCCACAGCUAUGCUCUUUCACUGUGUCAGUUUAUCUCCAUGCUUCGUGCCCUAUUUCAUGCUGGAUCAGAGAUCUUUACUUUCUCUCUUGCCGCCCAGAAUAUUUAAAACACCAUGUUCAAGGCAAUGAUGUAAAACAGGAAGGGAAUGCAAUGGGAGCUUUUUGCCAUUAUUGCUGCCUUAAAACAACAGCAACAAAACAGACACAAACUGAGAUGUCAUGGGAAGCAGACUUCCUAACAGUUCCAGCCAUUUUGCCAGUUCCCUGGGCCACACUGCUCUGUUCCUUUACAGGACAGAGUGGGAGACGGACAGCAGGAUGCUCUGGAGCCAGAGCUGGUGCUUGCUGCAUCGGCCCCUACAGUUCCUCCCAACUUCUGGGGCACAGAGAGGAUUAGUCCGGCUUAACGAGGUCUCCAGGGAAGGUGGUCUCUUGGAUAAAGUUGUCAACAAACGGAUUUGCUUGGGACUUCCUGAUGCUCCUGCCUGGGGUGGAGCUCGGGCUUUUUCCUCCUUCGGUGGCUCUCAGGGUGCUUUAGCACUUCAGUCCACCCAGAUUUGAGGAGUUCAGAUUGAGCUGCUGGCUAGAAUUGAGUUGCAGGCUAUCUAUCACCCGCUACUGAAUCCUAAUCGUCGCAGCGAUGGCCAAAGCACCGGGGAACCUAAGCUGCCACUGAUGGCGGAGAUACUGGAGCUCCAGAGACGCAAUUCAAUCUCUGUGGCACCAUCAGACACGUGUGCACGCACGCCCAGCUGACACGUGUGCCACUUUUUUUAUAGUGCCUCCUAAAGGAAGCCUGGGAAACUCAAAUUACUUCAUCAAGGGAUCAUCUCAGGCAGUAUAGUAGCCCAGAAACCAGAGACUUGUUUGUAUCCCUUAGAAGCAGGAACCAAUUAAGAGAGAAUUUUAAAAUGGUAACUAUCCACCCAGUGUCUGAGAUGAGAAAAGGAAAAGAAAUACGUGUAGAUAGCCCCCCCCCCCAAAAAAAAAGCAGCCUUUGUGUAUAUGAACAAGCCAUUGACAAAGCCUGCUCAGUCAGAUUUGUAUACCAUUGAACUGUUGAGGAGGCGGCUGAUAUUUUCCACUGGAUCCUGAUUCAGAGGAAGCAGACCUAGCUAAUCAGCAGUGAGUCAAAACAAUACUUAUUCCUGUCAGUUUUUAUCUGAUUUGAAUUCUUACACGUUGGGCUCAAAGUGCUCAUAACUGAAGCAAGGCUGUGACUUACUGGAAAGUGGCACUUUUAAGUAUGAGGUGAAUUAAUUAUAUAAUCUCACCGCCCCCAACAGAUAACACUAAUCCCUUCAGCCUUCAGAAAUGAAAGCCUAAGAAGAUGCCCCACAAGAAGAAAAACUGCGCAGCCUCUUCUGAUCCGGGCACAUUCAAAUCAUUAAGCUCAGCUCCGCACAUCACAUACCACGCUUUAGAAGAAGCAUUCUAUGAAAUAGGUGUUUAUUGCUCGCCUGUUAGCUUGCAGAUCUAAUCGUGCAUAAUCUCCUUAACAACGCCAAGACAGGGUAGAGAUUACAGAGGACACUCAGAUCAGAUGGAAGUCGCUAGGGUUUGAGUCACAAACUCUGUCCCCAAAGUCUGUGCUCCAAGGUGAACUACCAGGAGGAAUAAGGCAUGUGGGACAAGCCACGUGGAGGGACGAGAUGCCAGAAGAGGAAAACCCAGGAGCCAGAGACCCUCCUUCCAGUGCUAGGGGUUGUGGCACAGUGAAGGGGCCGGCGGGCUGCUGAGGCCUGCAGGAUCAGCACUGCUCUGUGUGGGCUGGGCCAGAAAGCUCCAUGAACCAGCUCACCUGGCCAUGAGUCCUCACCACAGCGGCGGCUUUCUCUACCUCCUGGACGACCGGAGAGCUAUAGCCAAGAUUCCCCUUGGGAGGUUAAGACAGCAGAUUCUUGAGCAUGACCUCAGAACUCUGUGACAGACUGCCCUGGGGUUUCUGUAAGAUCCUGUCACUGCACGAAUAGGUAGACUUUUUUUUUCUAUGAAAGAUUUUUAUUAUUAUUAUUAUUAUUAAAUGAAAAAAAUUAUCCUCUUUAGCCAUGAAGUUGUGGUGCACACCUUUGAUCCCAGCACUCGGGAGGCAGAGGCAGGUGGAUCUCUGCAAGUUCAAGGCUAGCCUGGACUACACAGAUAGAGUUUGAGGACAGCCACGGCUACACAGAGAAACCCUGUCUCAAAAAAAAAAAAACAACAACAACAACAACAACAAAAAAAAAAACCCAAAACCAAAAACAAGAAGUAUCAUCUUUAAAUAAGUGGAAGAUAAAUUAUGUUUGUGCCUUCCCCUCCCUCCUUUAAUGGAUCUGCCUAUUGGAAAGAUUAAUAAAAAUUAUGCACACUGGCUUUAAAA